GACGAAUGUACUCCAAACUUAAAACUAAUAUCCACAAACAUCUCACCCAAUCAAUCAACAAGUAAGAUGAAGAUGUUUUUGGGUUUCCUCAGUUCAUCCGUUCUGUUUUUGGUGGUUGUGAGUGCUAGAGAUGUUGAGUUCAGCAAGAAGUCUGAGUUCAAAGAGGCAGAUUAUGUGUUCUUCAACUACAACGACCUCAGAGUCGGGGCGAAAAUGCCGAUUUACUUUGGUGGUGCAUUUGAUUCUGAAGUCCCAAAUUUUCUACCUAAGGAUAAGGCUGAUAUGAUCCCUUUCUCUUCCCAAAAACUCCCCUUUCUUCUUAACUACUUCGGCUUCCAGCCGGAGUCUCCUCAAGCUAAAGCCAUGGAAUACAGUCUCAAAAAGUGCGAGGGUGAAAUCCCUGAUGCUCAAGGAGCCAAAAAAUGUGUUACCUCAUUGGACUCUAUGAUCGAUUUCAUUCGUGAAACCUUCAAAAUUAGUAAUACCGGCAAUGGUGGUCAGUUGUUUGAUGAUCUUAAGGUAUUGAGUACAAGUCCACUCCCUAAAUCAGCCAAAGUAUUCCAACCUUACACCAUUAUUGAACAACCAAAAAGAGUACCAAGCCCUAAAAUGACCGCUUGUCACAUGUUGACUUAUCCUUACGCGGUCUACUAUUGCCAUAACCCUGACCCUGAAAACCGAGUGUACGAGAUUACUUUGAUGGGUGAGGAUGGAACUCGUGUUAACGCUGUUGCUAGUUGCCACAUGAAUUCUAAGGCUUUCGACCCUAACCUCAUGGUCUUCCGUAUGUUUAACACUCAGCCAGGUUCCCCUGUAUGCCACUUCCUUUCUUCUGAUGGUCUACUUUGGGUACCUGCUAACCCAUCCUCGCUCUAGAACUACUGCUACUUCUACUAAG